AUGUCCCCCGCCUCAAUCCAAAAUGAUCAAGACAUCGACUCCGACUCCAACGUGGAGUUUGAGGAUGUCCCGAUCUCCCUUCCAAACAGAUACAGAAAUAGGGAAGAUGCAGAAAUUCCGAUAGUCAUCCCCUCAACCCGACAACCACAAUGGACUCCAACUCUAUCACUCCCGCAACAACGGAGCCAACCCAUCACCUCGGGCUCCGAGGAAGAAACCCAGCUCCGAGGCCAAAUCAGUACCGGCAUAGAGAGAGUCAGUUACCGCAAAAUGAAGUCCGACAUGGGCAUGGAUGCACCGGGUACACCUGUUUCGGCACGCAAGUAUGAGAGCUUCAAAGAGCUUGCUGCGGAUGUGGAGGGUCUUGUUGAUACGCUCUGGAUUUCGGCAACACCGGCAAUCCAAACAGAAGCCCUCAUAACCCUAGCAGGCCUAACCCAAACCUCUCUCCCAGCCUUCCCCUUCGAUGCCCUACCGACCCUAAACAUCCUACAUAAGUUCGACUCCAUCUUCGCAGCACUGUGUACAGGUACACACCCGCUCACCGGCACCGUUCUCCCGGGCGGACAGCCAGGCCAGUCCCUCGCGACAGAGACACAGAAAGUGCGGAUCCGGAGUUUGGCAGAGAGGACUAGAUAUGAAGUUUUUUCUUGUUUGGGGAAGUCGAACAGAGGUAAUCUUGCUGCUACUGUUGCUAAUGGUCAUGGUCAUGAUUAUGGAUAUGGGGAUGAGGAUAGUGGUGAUGAAGUCGAUGAGCCAUGGAUGUUGGAGGCUACGCGAGUUUAUGAGAAGAGUCUUAUGUUGCUUGCAGAGCAGGAUCCCGAGGUGGAGGAGAUGGAUGAGUUUAAUUGUUUGUAG